AUCUUCCACAAAUACACUUUUUUUUUCCAUCAUCUCUCUCUCUCUCUCUCUAGAGUGUGCAUGUAUUUGAUAAGUCAAUAGAUGAUUAAUUAUGUAUGUUCACAUACAUGGAAAUAUAUAGAUGGAAGAACUCCUUAACGAAGCUCCAUAGAUGAAUUCCCAUCUUUGACAAAAUCAUCACAUAUAUACACAAUAGGGUUUCUGUGAACAAAGCUUCUUUGAACAUGGACUCCAUUUUCAAUCUUGAAGAAACCAGAAGAUCCAGUUUGCUUCAACAAAUCAUCGAAUCGUUCGGUUUCGCUUAUGUUUGCCUUUGGUCUCACUUUCCACAACAUUCCAAUUGCUUGAUCUUCAUUGAUGGAGUUUACAAAGAAGAAAACAAUCAAACAAGCUCAUCAUCUGGAAGUCUUGCCUUGAGGUCUUUUCUUGACUACCAAAAGUCAAUGUUCUUGGUUGAUAAUUACAGUAGAAGAGUUCCAGGGUUUGCAUUUAUGCACAAUCGAACGUAUAUGGAGUGUAAAGGAUUCGAGCUUUCGAAAAUGGCAUCAAAUGCAGCACAGCUACAAUUUUAUCAAGAAGCAAGGAUUAAGACUGCAAUUUUUAUGGGGUGUGAUAAUGGGGAGAUUGAGCUUGGCAUGUCCAAGGACUCUUCACAAAUUAACUUUGAAAUUGAGUUAAAGAAGUCGUUUCCUGGUGAUUUCCCACAAGAAGUGCUUGGUCAAUCACUUGAUCAAACUCGACCUUCGUCUUCUUCAUCGUCUUUAAGAUCAUUAUCGAUGGAAAAUAGCGCGGAUUACCCGCCUUUUCUCUUCAACAUGCUUCAAACAACUUCUAAUAUGGCCGAAAUAUAUGGUUUCAAAGAACCAUAUUUGGAGCAACAAGCACCAAAUCAAACACCAUCUUCUUCAACAAUGAGAUCACCAGAAGAUGCUCUCCAACAAACUCUAAAUCAAAUUAGAACUAAUCAAAAGAUACCUUCAAGAGAACAUGAAGAAGAGGCAAUGACACGAGCAAUUCUUGCAGCUAUUUCUUCUUCUUCUCCUGCUUCUUCCUCUUCUUCGCAUCAGCGUCGACCUCCUCGAGUUGCUAGUGCUUUUAAGAGAUACCGGUCACAUUUAGGACCUACAAAUCAAGUUCAAAAUCGACAAAGUCUCACCAGAAGAUCGCUUUCAUUUUUUAGAAAUUUAAAUGAGGCUCGAGCCCAACAAGAUUAUCGAAUGGCCCAAACAACACGACCAACAACCAAUCAACUUCAUCACAUGAUGUCGGAGAGAAAAAGACGAGAAAAACUUAAUGAAAGCUUUCAAGCUUUGAGAUCAGUUCUUCCUCCGGGAUCCAAGAAGGAUAAGGCAUCGGUGUUAUCGAACAUAAAGGAGUACAUAGGUUCUUUAAAGUCUCAAGUUGAGGAGCUUAAAAAAAGAAACAAGAUUUUGGAGGCUGAGCAACCAGGGAACGAUAUGCCUAAGCAAGAUUCUAGUGGCUUUUCUGGUGAGAGACUAAUCAUCAGAAUCACAGAUGUCGAAGAAUCGACUUCAGAAUCGCAAGUUGUGGACGUGGAAGUGAAUGUAAGAGGGGCUUUGAUACUCGGGGAUUUGGUUGUUCGAAUAUUGGAGUUCAUGAAACAGGUUGAGAAUGUUACUGUAAUGUCAAUAGAUGCUCGGACACAACUAUCAGAGACGACGCAAACUAUCGCGAAUCGAGUGGUUUUGAGAUUGCGAAUUCAGGGAAGUGAAUGGGACAGAUCAAACUUCCAAGAAGCAAUGAAGAGGGUCCUUGAUGACCUAGCACAAUGACAUGUUGCCAUAUACUUUUAUGCCACAUGUUGUGGACAACGUUAGAAAUCCUAACAAAAAUGUUUACUUUUAGUUAUUAGUGUGUAAGAAUAUCGAUCUCUAGUAGAAUUAUUCUUAUGAUUUUUUUAAAGAUUUUGAUUAUAUCAAAAGGUA